CGCGGACCUGGCCCUUUUUUUUGUCCCUACAACAAGUGACUUGAACGCCGCCUCCGAUAAACAACCGAUAAGACGUGCUUGACCACCAAUUCGUCCCUACUUUUCUCUCCUGAAAUCCACCCCCUCAAGAAAUAUACAGCCUGUCGCCAUGGGUUUCGGAGCUCCGGGCGGUGCCGCAGUCAACUACAAGCCCACGCCCCCUGAGCGUGGUAGCUUCCCUCUCGAUCACUACGGCGACUGCAAACACCUGAUCUCGGAGUACCUGAAAUGCCUGAAGUUGAACCGCGGCGUGAAUAAUGACGCUUGUCGGCAGUUAGCGAAGGGGUACUUGGCUUGUCGGAUGGAUCAUAACCUUAUGGCGCCGGACGAUUUCAAGAACCUUGGGUUGACGUUUGAGAAAGAUAAGGCUGGGGCGGAGGGAGCUGCGGCUGGGGCGGAGAAGAAGGCGUAGAAUAGAUCUUGGGGUUGCAGGUUAGGGAGGCUUGUACGAUAUGUGGGCUUCAUGGUGGGUGAGAGACGUGCUGUAUGAUUCAUGAUGUGGUAG